UCUGAAAGUUCCGACCUCCAACUUUUAUCAGUCGAACAAUUGAGCAUCAACCAGGAUGGCCCAUUCGUACAAGUCACAGUACCCAACAAAGGUCGUCGUCGAUGAGGAAAUCGUGCAGUUUUUCGAGGACUUCUACCGCAUAUCGGACACGCCAGGUGUGCAUGAGGAAUAUGCCAACUACUUCACCAAAGAUGCGACUUUCAUCCUAGCCUCAAAAUCAAUCAAGGGCUAUGAGGAAAUUCUCGCGGCCCGUAAAGCCAUGUGGACCGCCGUCGCCUCACGCGCCCACAAGCCGAUUAAGGUCUUCCCAUUCGGACAUGUUUCUACGGAAUUCAUGCUUUAUGGGACCGUGUCCUAUGAGAUGAAGGACGGGAGGAAGUCAGGCCUUGAUUUCUCUGCUCGAGCAAAAAUGGUGCAGAUCGAGAAGCAGUGGAAAAUACAAGAUUACCAAGUUUAUAUGGAUACAGCAGCAUAGCAGCCAAAGUAGAGAACGCUGAGGCGUCUUACUUUAACGAUUGUUAAAGGCUGAUAGAAGGACACAACAGGACCAAUACAUGAUUAAUAAUCUAAGGGGGAGAUGCUUUGAAAUCAAUGUUUUCGCCAAGGACUGAUAAUCAUAUGCCA